AUGUUGUACCGCUCAUUGCCACGCUUCAUUUUGGCUCCAGCUCGACGUGGACAAUGCCAAACACUCGUCAAGGUAUCAGAAUGCUUUGAAACAGUAUCAACAAGACAAUGGUCGAGUACCUCCAGUCAACCGCCAUCGCACUUGGACUGCGGCAAGAAACAUGUGGUGGUGGGAAUGUCCGGUGGAGUCGACUCGUCUGUGGCGGCGCUGCUGCUAAAACGUCAGGGGUACAAGGUCACUGGGGUUUACAUGCAGAAUUGGGAUUCAAGUGAUGAAGAAGGGGGUGCAGUGUGUCCCAUGGACUCGGAAUAUGCCGAUGUACAGAAAGUCUGCGACCAUCUCGGGAUUGAAGCCAAGCGGGUAAACCUGGUGCAGUCGUACUGGAACCAAGUGUUUGCGCCUUGUCUCGAGAAUUACGCAGAAGGGUUGACCCCGAAUCCAGACAUCCUGUGCAACCGUGAGAUCAAGUUCAAGGCCUUUACCGAGUAUGCCAAGACCAUCGGUGCAGAUUAUGUUGCUACGGGUCACUACGCAGCUCUACGUCCAGUGCAGGAGAAUGGAGGUCUAAAUCUUUUUGCCGCAAAAGACCGGUUGAAAGACCAGAGCUAUUUCUUGUCAAGUGUGAAUGGCCGAGCGUUUGCAAACGUGCUGUUUCCAUUAGGAGACAUGCUUAAGACCGACGUGCGUCGUCUAGCAGCUCACGAAGGUCUCUGCACGGCAACAAAGAAGGACUCAGUGGGGAUCUGCUUCAUUGGCAAGCGCAACUUUGCUGACUUUAUUCAUCAGUACGUUCCACGGCAAGACGGGUAUUUUCACACCGUCGAGGGGGUUCGAAUGCAACCCCAUCAAGGCUUUACGGCUUAUACGGUGGGUCAAGGUGCGCGUGUGCAAGGCAUGAGUGCCAAAUGGUUUGUAGUCGGGAAGCACAAACGCGACCAUUCCGUGACUAUCGUCGAGGGGACACGACAUCCGGCUCUCUUCUCGGACACCCUCUUUGCUUCAGCAGCGCAGUUUAACUGGAUGGCCGGACAGUUGCCUCCAGAGCUUUGUGAAAAUGGUCGUCUCCGCUGUUUCUACCGGGUCCGCUAUCGUCAAGACCUGGACGAGUGCACGGUAUCGCUCGUCUCUAGCCACGAAGCUCGAGCAAGUGCCAGCAAACUUCAUGACUGGCAGAGCGAUCAACUGGUACUACAGGACGAGCGAGGGGAAGGCAGCUACUUGCGGGUAGACUUUGAUAAUCCACAACGUGGCGUGACACCCGAACAGGCGCUCGUGCUGUAUCGGGGUGAUGGACUUUGCUAUGGAGGAGGUCCGAUUGCAACGGCUGCUCAGACGUACUACGAACAGCACAAGGCUGUGGAUGAUAAUGUACGGGAUUGGUGUCGACAAGGAUAG